AUGGAUCAGGGUCAAGCGUCCUCUGGUGUUGCGGCUGCUGCCAGGAAGAAACCUGGUGGUCCCAGAUUUGAACUCGUCAAAGAAAUUCGUCACGGUGUAUGGAUCGCCGUCCGACCAGGAGACCCUCGUGGAGAACAGUACCUCGCCCGCCCCGUUGAGGACUUCAUGAAACUUCGCAAAGGUUCCGACACUGCCGCUUGGGAGAAACUACGCGACGAACACAAUCAGGCCCAUGUCGUAGCCCAGAUCCUCAACCAUGAGAACCUCGUCAGCCUUGUCGGCCGCAUCGACAGUCGACCUUUUUCUAAGAUUCAGAAAAAUCCCAAGACUCAUAAAAAGGAUGACAAGAUUGAUUCCUAUCUGGUCUGGGACUAUUGCGACGCCGCAAAUCUCAGCGCGCUCUUCAAAGAGCACCCGUGCAAGGAUUCUUCCUACUAUCUCCCCGAAUCUCUCUGCUGGCAUGUCCUCCGAGCCCUGACACGAGCCGUUACAUACCUGCACGAUGGAAAGCGGCUGCAUUUUGAUGCGGGCCUCCUGCCUGGCGCGUCCAGGGCGUGGAGGACCGUUGACGCCGAUUGGCUUUCCAUCCUUCACCGUGCCAUAGAGCCCGCCAACAUCUACUUCCAGCAUCCCCGCGGCACCGAGACCUAUGGCCAGUGCAAGCUGGCUAACUUUAGCAAGGCGACAGUGACGAGCCAUGUCGCCAAUGUGAAGAAGAAGCUCGGAGCCAAACCGUCUGGCAUGUCGAUGGCCCGUUAUCGAGGCAACGAGCCGCUGAUCGAAACAAUGGGGAAGUAUUUUAGAGAGCCUAAAGACGAUUCAAUGGAAGACUCUUCAGUGGAAGACUAUCCAUUAGAAGACUCUUCAGUGGAUGAACGCCCCUACACUCUGAUGCAGGAGCUCUGGUCCAUCGGCGCUGUCAUCUUCACCAUGAUGACCGGCAAAGCUCCCGCAUUCAGCUGCAAGAAGUGCGGCUGCUGUCACAUCCGGUAUUGUCAGGCAGAGAGCUGUCUGGAGAACGCAGCCUUUCGAGAUGGCUGCAAUUGCCUCCUCGGGGGCUGUGAGCACAUAGGCAAAGAAGAUUGUAACGAGCCAUAUACGGUGUGGAAGGCGUGCCCGCCCCACCACAUAUGCGAGGAACCCAUCAUCAACAUCCACACGUACCUCGCGCGGGCCAAGUACACGACGAUGCUGCGCAGCGCCAUCAAGGAGCUGAUCAUGUACGAUCCGAAGCAGAAGAACUUACACGCGGCUGUGGCGCUCAACCACGCGAAACAUGUGGAGGCGUACUACCAAGACUGGAAGAAGCAGACAGAGGAAGGGAAGGAGUACCGGGAUCUUGAGGACGACAUGGCUGAGCGGUGGGUGGUAGCAAAUCCGUGA